UCGAUUUAGAAAGUACUAACAGUGAAAGGAAAAUUAUUUAUACGAUCCCGAAUCAUCGAAUGCACUACUAAACUUCGCAUAACAAUUUGUCGGCUUCCAAAAAGUUGUUCAAUCAAAAUUUCGUAAAUUCCGUAAAUCCAAAAAUCGGUUUCAAUCAUGGUUUCGUAUUUGGUGAUGUUUUUCACGGCCUGCCUGCACAUCGGGCUUCAGACCAACAUCUUCGUGAACAUCGAUCAGCCGAUCGCGGUGCCGGGGAACUUGUGCGCCAGCUUCAUGAUGUACUGCGGCUUUCUGUACUUCCUGCAGGACAUGGUGCUGCUGCCGCAGCACUACAAGCGUCGCAUGUUCUGGCCGAUGAGCUUCUUGAUCGAGCUGACGCUGAGCAUUGCCCUGAUGGAGGUGCUGCUGCUGUUCCUUUGGGCCCGCAUCGAGCAGCUCAUCUGUCUGUGGGUGAAGGCGGCGCUUUGCUACUACGGCAGUUUGGAUGAAGCGGACUACGACAAUCACGAGACGACCAUUGUGGGAGUCCUGGUCUCACUCAUAGCGGCGCUCUUCUGGAUGAGUGCCAUUAUGGCCACGGAGGAGUCCGAUGAGGAGCAGAUGGAGCUAAGGGAUUUAGAGCAGAAGCAGAAGGAUCUAAAGAAACAGCAAGAUCAAUCGCUGAAGGAGAAGCAGAAUCAAUCGCUGAAGGAGAAGCAGAAUCAAUCGCUGAAGGAGAAGCAGAAUCAAUCGCUUAAGGAGCUGCAGGAUCAAUCCCCAAAGGAGCAGAUAGAUCAGGAAGAAUUCGAGCAGCUGGAGGAGAGCCUCUUAGCGCCUUUAAACUAUGUAAUCCUUGCCGAUGGGGAGCCCCUGUCCUCGGAAACCUAAAGGGACAAUACAAAAGAAGACUAGCUGACAAAAAACAAAAAACACCCGGCGAUGAAUAUUCACCUCCUAGAAAACCCCGAAAUUCCAUAAUUUUUUCAACUAAAAUGCAAGGCAGAAAAAUAGUUCUUGGCUUACAUAAUGCAAAAAACCAUUCAAAUAUUGAAAUUUAAUACAAUUAUCGAACAAC